UCUAUAUAAUUUUAAAUAAAAAUUUACACUGCUUAGUGCGAUUACUCCCAGAGUUCAAGAUGGUUGUCGUUUUACGAUCCAUAGCGAAAUCGUUUGAGCAAAAAUUCUUGAAACAAUCAAAACCCUACAUUUCUUCUCAGCUAAUCACUCACCUCAAUUCUUUGAAUUCCAAUUCCCAAGUUCAACGAUGGCAAUUUCAGAACAGGCGCACUCUCAUCUUAGAGCCAGUGACGUCUCAAUCCAUAAAGUUAGAGCAGCUCUCCGACUCUGAUUCUGGGAUUUUGGAGCUUAAGUUGGAUAGGCCGGACAGAAAGAAUGCGAUCGGGAAGGCUAUGCUAAGAGAGUUAAGGCAUGUGUUUGAUAGAAUAAACAAUGAGCGUUUGGCUAAUGUUUUAAUGAUCAGCAGCUCCGUUCCGACAGCAUUUUGUGCUGGUGCUGAUUUGAAGGAGAGAAAGACAAUGACUUCAUUGGAAGUCCAGGAAUUUGUGAACACUCUUCGGUCAACAUUCUCCAUGCUGGAGGCACUUUGUAUUCCUACAAUUGCUGCUAUUGAUGGUGCAGCCUUGGGUGGAGGACUGGAAAUGGCAUUAUGUUGUGAUCUCAGGGUUUGUGGGGAGGCUGCAGUUUUUGGCUUGCCAGAAACAGGACUUGCCAUCAUACCUGGAGCCGGUGGGUCACAACGGCUUCCUAGAUUGGUUGGAAAAUCAGUAGCAAAGGAUCUCAUUUUUACUGCUCGAAAAAUUGAUGGAAAAGAAGCCUUACUGAUGGGGCUGGUCAAUUAUUGUGUUCCUGCUGGUGAAGCCCGUCUAAAGGCACUUGAAAUUGCUCAGGAAAUAAAUCAGAAGGGACCGCUUGCAAUAAAGAUGGCAAAGCGCGCUAUUGACAAAGGAUUUGAGGUGGAUUUGGAAUCGGGUUUGGGAUUGGAGGAGGAUUGCUACGACCAACUUCUGAACACAAAAGAUCGGUUAGAAGGCCUUGCAGCGUUUGCUGAGAGACGAAAACCCAGAUAUACAGGUGAAUAAACCACACACCAGAUUUAGCAAAACCCAGCCCUUACUACCAUUGACAUUAAACUAUUUCUUGUAUUGCCUGGAUUCAUUAUUAUUUAACAUUCCAUCUUCUAUGCUAUUUAAUCCCCUUGUAAACAGGAUAUUACUAUAGCUUUUUUUUUUAGUUAGAUUAGAGUUCCAUCUGAAUAAAGUAAUGUUUAUUUCAAAA